AGAAGACCCAAUAAACGUACUACUAACUUGGUCUUGUAAGUAGAAGUCGAUAAAUGUAAGUAGUGUAAGGGUAAGCGCAACUGCAGCCACCGUCGCCUCAACAUCAACACGAGUCUCGUCUCUCUCAGUUUAGCAACAUCAAAAGUUUCUCUGGCUCAGCAGAUCUUUCUUCACAGCGGCAUCUUCAAAUUCAUCCCUCAUCAGAAAGAAAGCCUGUGUGCUUUGUCGGUAAUGGAAACGAAUGCGAUCACCUCCCGGCGCGUUCCACUUCAAAUUGUGGUGUGCGCCGAUGAGAAUGAAGUGGCGCGAUGGCUAACUAACGCAUACGCACGUGCUCGCACUCCGCUUGCGGAGGUCCGGAAGGAGGACGAGCAGGUCGGGCAUAAUUUGCUCUUGCGGGCAGGUGAGGAGGAGAGCAAGAGACGCAAAGUCGAAAGUUCUGGCGCCGUCGCGUUGACCGAGGCGAUGUCGGGCGGAAUGAACCGACACACGAAAGACGGAUAUUCUUUUCCCGAUACCGCCGUGUUUUUUGAUGUCAUGGAAACUGCUGACCGCGUGCAAGCGUGGCUGGAGUCCUUCCUUUUUCCUCCGUGCCAGGGCUGGAAAGUUAAGGCAGUCAUGAGCAGUGUAUGCUGUGGUAUACGAGCGGCCGUCUGUGUCCUAGCCGUCCGAACGCCACCCGAGCAGUGCACUUCUAAGAGCAAUAUUUUGAUGCAAGAUGCUAAAAAGCCUAAGUCAGCGGAGCUUACCACCCCGGGCACAGAUACGUCGGCGACGACUGCAGUAAAGAAAGGAAAAAAUAAUAAAUUGGAGCAUGUUGGCGUGAAAGAUGUUGAAGCGCAAGCUAUUCCAGACGAAGCUGCUACUGAGGAAGAGCCUGUGCGCUACCUGCAGUUGCGCGACAUGACGGGGAGCCUGUUCCAAGUGAAAAUCAAUGAGGAGCUCUUUCAACCACUUGUCGUUCCCACCAACAUGAGUCUCCGCAAAGCAAAGGACCAUUUGCAGCGCUGCUUUUCAAAGCAACCGCGUCCGCUUUUGCACGGCCUCAGCGUCUGCACGUCAGACAACGAUGAUGAAAGUGAGGAGAAAAUGACCGCCGACCAAGAAGACCACGACUAUGAAGUAAGCGAGGAGCUCUCCGAGCAGUCAGCGAGCAGGUUAACCAGAUCGAAUUUGCUGUUGCGCCCCAGAACAAACAGCGGCCCGCUGGCUCGUCAGCGAAAGCGAGGGAAAACAGACGAAGACGUGCGCAGUGCGUUCGGGGCGGGAAGUUGUGCUGCCAGUCAGGCCGCUUUUAGCCCAGGUGCGGAGCCUUCAACUUCCGAUGGAAAGCUUGCCAAGGACGAGCUUGCCGAAGAGCCUGAGGAAGAUCCCGAAGAAGCGCUUGUGGGAAGCCUCUGCUGCGCAACGGAUACGGACCUGGCGCUGUUGUUUCCGUGCGAAGAGCAGGAGGGAACUGCCGAGGAAGGCGGUGACCAACAUGAAAAUGCAGCUGCAGGCGGGAACUGAGCAAGAGGUGGAAGCAGACGAUUGCAUUUUCAGUGGGUGUGAGUUAGUGUUAAGUACUUUGAGUGUUUGGAGUUGACUUGUGGUUGUCGACGAUAAUAUUUCAAAAUUAUUUAUACUUGUGCAUUGUCCCCAACCGACGCGGACACCUUACUUCUCCAUGCGAGCAACUUUUUUUGGAUACCUCUGACUUGUCCUCCGCCUGGAAUAUUCGCAUGGAAGAUCCAU